UUGUUUCGCUUCGUAUCCAUUUAAUUUCUGGAUUUCUUUCAUUGUCAUUUUCCUUCAUUUUUAUUCUAAAAAAAACUCUUUCAAUUCAUCUUCAUUCGUUGUCAUCAUGUUAUUGUUAUCGUUUUUUUUUUUUUUCUUUCUCUCUCUCUCUCUCUUUUUCUCAAACCACCACCACCACCACCACCACCGCCACUGCUACCACUACUACAACUACGACGGCAACGACAACAACGCACACCCACCUCAACUCCGACGCCGACACCGACCCCGACAUCACCGCCACUGCAACAACAACCGCCGCCGCUGCCGACGUCAUCUACGGUUUCCAACACCGCCGCCAUCGUCAACCAUUGCAACGCCCGUGGCCGCCGCUAUAACACCAUCGCCACCGCCACCGUCAACACCCAUACCACCGCCAACGCUCACUCCAACACCGCCGCCGCCACCGCCACCACCACCACGAUCACCACCACCAACGCCACGACCACGACGAUCAACGCCACCGCCAUCACUCCCUCCGCCACCACCACCACCAACACUACUACCAUCAACAACAACUACAACUACAACAACAACGCCAACACCAACACCAACACCAACACUGCUAAAAGAAAAGAGACUAUCAUCUUUUGAACACGUGACAGGAAGUGAGGCGCGCGUUUAUGAACAUCAUCAUCAUGGCUGCUACGAGUUUGCGUGGGUGGAUUUGGACGAGACGAAAGCGGAUGGUAAAGAACGAAUCAGGAUACAGAAACAACACUUGAACACCAUUGGACAUUACUAUUAUUAUUCUUAUUAUCAUUGUUAUUGUUAUUAUUAUUAUCAUCAUUAUUAUUAUUAUAAUUAUUGUUGUUGUUAUUAUUCUUAUUAUUGUUGUUGUUGUUAUUUUCAUCAUUACUAUCGUUGGAGACUCGUUUGCAUGCCGGACGAAGUGCAUAGCGGCGUUUCUUCCGUCUCUUUACGAUCUAAGUUCAAAUUCCGCCGAGGUCGACUUUACCUUUCAUCCUUUCGGGGUUCGAUGAAAUAAGUACCAGUUACACACUGGGGUCGAUGUAAUCGAUUUGUGCCCCUCCCCUCAAAGUUUCAGGCCUUGUGCCUUUACUAGAAAGGAUCAUUUUUAUUAUUAUUAUUAUUAUCAUUAUUAUAUUAUUAUUAUUAUAUAUUAU